AUGGCAAAUUCUGCUAAAUUUUGGUACGUGGCUCUUCUUCUUUUAAGUGUUGCUGGUACUUUGAGUGGUGAUGAGAGUGGUUAUGGAGGUCCGGGAGGUCGGGGGUAUGAUGAUAGUGAUAAUGAAGACAAUAGUUAUUGCUCAUAUAGAAGCUGGCGAAGUUGUGGCAGCUUCUUUGGCAGAGGUGGUAAAGGUUAUGGUGGUGGAGGCGGCGGAGGAGGUGGGGAAGGUGGUGGAGUAGGUAAUGGUGUUGGACAUGGAGAGGGGCAUGGUGCAGGAGGAGGCAGUGGCAAUGGAGGAGGAGGAGGUGGUGGUGGUGGAGAAGGAUAUGGACAUGGUGAAGGCAUGGGGUUUGGAGGAGGAAUUGGUGGUUCCAACAAUGAGAAAGGCUUAGGCGAAGGACAUGGUGGUUCCAACAAUGAGAAAGGCUUAGGCGGAGGACAUGGUGGUGGAAAUGGCAUUAACAUGGGAUUUGGCAUGGGAAUGGGCAUCGGAUUUGGUUUUGGUAUAGGAACAGGAGGAGGCAAAGACUCAAACAACGACAAUGGUGAUCCCUAG